AGUUCAAAGUGAGGAAAUUACCUUAAUGCCCUUCGCCCUCUUUGGUUAUUAAAUACCCCUCUUCUCUUCUCCUAGCUCUUUCCUCACACACAAAAGUCUUGAUAUUAUGAGAAUGAGCUGCAAUGGCUGCCGGAUCCUUCGCAAAGGCUGCAGCCAUGACUGUAUUAUCAGACCUUGUCUUCAAUGGAUCCCCUCCCCUGAUUCUCAGGCCAACGCCACCAUCUUUCUUGCCAAAUUCUACGGUCGCGCCGGCCUCUUCAACCUCAUCACCGCCGCCGCCGAACACCUCCGCCCGGCCAUUUUCAAGUCGUUGCUGUACGAGGCGUGCGGCCGGAUGGUGAAUCCGGUCUACGGCUCCGUCGGAUUGCUCUGUUCCGGCGACUGGGAUAAGUGUCAGGCCGCCGUUGACGCCGUGUUGACCGGAUCCAUGAUCGUCGAACCAGACGCGCCGCUGUCAAACACUAACCUUUCCCUUAAAUGUUGCGACAUUCGACAUGUUUGUAACGACACCAAUUUGGCAGUUCCCGGCGAGCUUCACAAGGGCAAGACUCGGAACCGGUUCAAAAAGCCCGACAACCGGACCAAAUCCAAACCCGGACCGGGUCGUGAAUUGGGAAGUGGGUCGAAUGUGGAGGUGAUUGAGAUAGACCGAAUGGCGGAUGAUUUGAUGACGAACCGGAGGAAACCGGGUUGGGUUUUGAGAAAUGGAAUGUGGGUUGAGGAGGAGCAUGUUGAGCUGGAGCUGACUCUUAAUUCGGCUCAGUAAUGGAAAUUAAAAAUGAAAUUAAAAUAAUUAAUUAGGAAUUAGGGAUGGAGUGUUGAUUUCCUAUGCAUAAAGCAGUUAUUAGUAUUUACUGAGCUCUGCAAUUUUCCGA